AUGACAGUGGAUAUUGAAGAAAUUGCUUUCCGUGAAGAAGUUGAACGCGUCAAAGAGUGGUGGUCAUCUCCCCGCUUCCAACACGUCAAGCGGCCUUAUACUGCGGAAGCCAUUGUUUCCAAACGCGGUAAUUUCCCCACGGAAUAUCGGUCAAAUGUGCAAGCGAAAAAAUUGUGGCAAUUGUUGCAAAGCCAUAAGCGGAACGGCACUACCACCCACACGUUUGGGGCUCUGGAUCCCGUUCAGGUCACGCAAAUGGCGCCUCACUUGGAGACGGUCUAUGUAUCCGGGUGGCAGUGUUCAUCUACGGCAUCGACAAGCAAUGAACCUGGACCGGAUUUGGCUGAUUAUCCCAUGGAUACGGUCCCCAACAAAGUGGAACAUCUUUUCUUUGCUCAAUUAUUCCAUGAUCGUAAGCAGCGCGAAGCAAGAUUGGCCAUGACCCCGGAGGAACGCGCCAAAACGCCCGUCAUUGAUUACUUGCGACCCAUGAUCGCCGACGGUGAUACGGGUCACGGAGGCGUUACGGCCGUCAUGAAACUUGCAAAAAUGUUUGUAGAACGCGGUGCUGCAGGUGUUCAUGUGGAGGAUCAAUCUCCAAGCACAAAAAAGUGUGGCCAUAUGGCUGGCAAAGUGCUUGUGCCGGUGGCAGAACACAUUAACCGACUUGUAGCUAUUCGAGCUCAAUUUGAUAUUAUGGGAGUAGAGAAUGUGGUUGUAGCACGUACGGAUGCCGAAGCUGCCACACUGAUCACCAGCAACAUUGAUAGCCGCGAUCAUGCAUUCCUUGUGGGCGCCACCAAUCCGCGUCUUCCACCUUUGGCCACCGUGAUGAUGCAGGCCGAGCAAUCUGGCAAGUCAGGAGCCGCACUGCAAGCCAUUGAGGAUGCUUGGUUAGCUGAAGCAGGAUUAUGUCGUUACGGUACCGCGAUAGCUGCCGAACUUGGAGCACGAGGCAAACAACGAGAAGCAGCUGAAUUCUUGACGAAAAUCCAGUUCAAAUCAAAUGCCGAAGCUCGCCAGGUGGCGCAAUCAUACGGUGUGGAUAUAUUUUGGGAUUGGGAUCUGUGCCGUGCUCGGGAAGGCUUGUAUCGAUAUGAAGGCGGUACCGAAGCGGCCAUCUCUCGUUCCAUUGCUUUUAGCCCCUACGCAGACAUGUUAUGGAUGGAGACCAAAAAACCAAUCUUGUCACAAGCAGAACAGUUUGCUUCAGGUGUUUUAAAAGCAUCCCCUCAUUCUCUUUUAUGCUACAAUCUGUCGCCUUCCUUUAAUUGGGAUGCGGCAGGUCUGACGGAUACGGAUAUGGGAUCCUUUAUUGAAAAACUGGGCCAGCUUGGAUUUGUUUGGCAAUUCAUCACUUUAGGCGGUCUGCACGCGAAUGCACUCGCUACCGCUACGUUUGCCAAGAGUUUCAAGUCGCAAGGAAUGCUUGGCUACGUUGCCAACGUGCAACGCAAAGAGCGCGAACAUCAAGUCGACGUUCUUCAACAUCAAAAAUGGUCCGGUGCCAACUACGUAGACGAACUCAUGAAACUCGUCACGGGUGGUGUUGCCACCACCGCCGCCAUGGCCAAAGGAGUUACCGAAGAUCAGUUCACACAAUAA